AUGCUCAUGGAUAAGCUUGUUGAAAUUCGGCUAAGAAUAGAGAAGAAGGUGGGACGAAAGCGACUGAAUACAACAGAUUACAUAAGAAGAAUGAGUGAUAUGACGCCACCUGUUGACGAUGCCCCACCAGAGUUGAAAGAGAAAAGGCAGCAAUUUGAAGAGAACAGAGCGAAACUCUGCACAUUGAACAAUGACUUGAAAAUGCUCGAAUGGAUGGCAAGUGUGACGGAUCCGUCCCUUUUGAAAAAAGUCGAUAAAAUGGCAACGUCCGUACGAGAGCGGGAGUAG